CACUAUAGAGGUAUAGAUGGUGCAGGAGCAGACUGCUGCACCUAGAAGUCCAGUCCAGUGAGCUGCACUAGUCCUGAGAGCUGCCAACUCAGAGAAGUAGUCCAGCCACACCAGAAAUAUCCAGUCUGACUUUGCAGCUGCAGCACACGCUACAUGCAACCUGUUGCCAAAUAUUUAUUCAGUCAACGACGUGACACUGAUUGACAGCCUCUUAUUUCUGUGUCUCACUCCUGUUGUGAGCUCUCCGCGCUGAACUGAGCUCACGCAGAUCACAGCAGUUUGUUACACUUGAGGCUUAGUACCAGCACAUCAGCACAGAUGAUGAUGAUGAUGAGGAUGCAGCAACACUCACGCAGUUUUCUGGUCCUUCUCCUCAUGCUCUUCGUCUCUGGGAUAGUUCUCUCUGGCCCAUCAACGCCCCGCAGGAGCAGAGUGAGACGUCAGAACAUGAAAGUCCGUAUCAAUGCCACAGGAGACACUAUCGUGAUGAAGUUUUUGCUUCCCAAUGCUGACACCAAGCUUGAGGGCUACAUCCUGGGCUAUGGCAGCAGCAUGUUUUCCAAACAGUACAUUCAGCUGCCUGAGAAUGGACAGCCAUAUGAGUCUGAGUUUGAUGCUGAGCCAAAGUAUCUUAUUGCCGUCCAGCCCAUCCCAACCAAUGAGGUGAAAAAGCAGUGCACAGGCAAAGUGGAACUGGAGAAGCCACUACACUUGGUUAUUGGUUCAGUAACACCAACUUCAGUCCUCCUGUCCUGGGGGACUCUGCUGAAAACUCCCUAUGAAGCCAAUGUCAUGAAUGACUGUAUUGAGGAUGGGCACUACACUGUGCGUUACCGUGAAAAGAACAGGAAAUGGAACUACCAGACCUGCCCAACUAGUGACACGGUCAUUGACAAUCUGAAGCCCAACACAGUCUAUGAGUUUGGUGUUCAGCCCACCUCUAAGGAUGGCAGUGGAGUGUGGAGCAAGCCAGUCAUUCACAACAUCAGCACAGGCGGCAUAAAGGAGAAGGCCAUCAGGAAAAUCUUUAAAGAUCCCCUCAACCCCGUGCCUUUAACACCCGGUCCACACUCCUUCCCCUUUGCUCCUCGCCAUGUUCACUAUAACAGGACCCAGGGCAGACAGCCCCUCUCCCGGAACAUAGCCCCAAAGACAACUCUUGCUCCAAGCACAACUACUAGUCAGGAAUCUCUGUCGACCCCUGGACCCACACUGCCUGUGGUCACCAAACAGCCAAUCGGAGGAGGAGACCUCUCCAGAUCUGUCUUGCCUCCUUACUUGGAGGUCUUGUUAGCUCCCAAGCUCCAUCCUCCACUACACAUUACAACCACCACUGCAUCUGUGCCACUCCCCCAGACAAAUGUGGAAAAACAUGGAAGGCAUUCUCUGAGUCAACCUCAGCAAAAGCUUCAGACUCAACCAAACACCUUGCUCCAGCCACAGUACCAACCACAACCAAAGCCCCCAAAACCCCAGAGAAAGCCCCAGGCAAAUUCUCAGCCUCAGUCACAACCUAAACCAAAACCUCUUUCCCAAAUUCAACUCCAACCACAAACAACAUCCCAACCCAAACCUCCCAAGAACAAUCCUCAACAACAUCCCCAGUCAACAUUCCAGCCCAUACUCCAAACCCAACCACAACCCCAACCAACAUUCCAGCCCGUAGUCCAGCCCAAACAAAAACCCCAACCAACAACCCAGCAUGUACUCCAGACCCAACGGCAACCACAAACAGAAUUCCAGCCCAAAGCCCAGAAUCAACAUCAGCUGCAACCUCAACCGACAAUCCAGCCCAUAAUCCAGACCCAAUCACAACAAGCAUUCCAGCCCAGGAUCAAGCCACAACCACGAUCCCAAUCCCAAACAACACCUUACCCAAUACUCCAGACAAAACCACAUGCCCAGCUCCAGCCACAAUCUACACACCAGCCCAUGCUGCAGACACGACCACAUGCCCAUCUACAACUACAAUCUACACGCCAGCCGAUACUGCAUACAGAACCUCAACCCAAACCAAAAUCUCAGCCCAAACCUCAGACUCAACCUCAGUUAAAAUCUCAGCCAAAGCCUGAUCCUCAAUCGAACCGUAAAAUCAUAACCCAGCUCCAGGCUGAACCACAACCUCAACCAACACCCCAGCCCAAGCACCCUGCCCAAACUCAAACACAACCACAUCCAAAGACCCAGGCCCAGCGUCAAGUUCAACCAACUCACCAGUCUGUGACAACUGUGACACAUCAUCAAACAUCUCAUCCAAUGCUCCUGCACAUACCUCAGACCAAACAAGCACUACCAAAGAUUCACACCCAUCCCCAACCUCAACCUCAGUCUACAACUCAGACACAAACACAACCACAGCUAAAAUUUAACCGAGAGCCUCAAAUAAACACCAAGCAACAGUCCAAAGCUCAACCAACACCUAAACCAAAGAGACAUAUUUCUCAAUCAAAGCCCAACACACAACCUCAACCUAGGAGCCAACCCAAGCUGAAAACAAAGUCCCAGCCAAACAGUCAACCCAAGUCCCAACCACUAUCUCAACCAAAAGAGCAGCCAAAGUCUCAACAAAGAAAGCAGCCAGAGCCAAAGCCCCAAACAAGGGACCAAAAACAACCUCACCCAAAGAUUCAGCCAUGGCCACAAUCACAACCUCCAACAAAGAUCAUUGCCCAGCCUAUCACUUAUUCUCAACCCAUUACCCCACCACAACCUUCACCAAAACCUGAGCCCUGGUCCCACUUUGAGACUCUAUCCAAGCCACGAGUUCCAUCUAGAUCCCACCCACAACCUCAACCUGGGCUACAGUUUCAGUUUCAGACCAGGACCCACUCUGACCCCACCAAGAUCACCUCAAGGCAGGCUGUCCCUACGGCUCCUAGUCCACCAGAAGAGGGCAAACCUCUACCAAGACCUGUCCUGGCUGCAGAGAAGCCUGGUAGUUACAAUCAGGGUACUGGCGUCCUCAGAUCAUCCAUUGCUGAAGUUCCUCGUUCUCCCAUUAGCUCAUCAGUUCCUCCAGCAGGAAGAAACACCUCGUCGUCUCGACCCCGGGUUCCUCCUCAUUCCACUCGUAAUAGUGUCAGACCAUUUUCUCCAUCCAAGACAUUCAGCACCUCUCUCAGCUCCAGCAGCACGCCUAGGGCCAAUGGAGUGCAUCAUAAGGGCAAUGCUCUUCCUAAACCUGUGUGGUCCAAAGAGAAACCUGAUCUGCGUCCCUCUAAUCCUGUCCACAAGAAAACCAACCUGGUGGGGAAACCUAGUGACCAUGAUAAACCCAUGGACCUGAAACAAGGAGACAAGGAGUCCAUCUUGAAGCCAUUCGCUCUGGUCACAGCCAAGCCCAAGCAAGAGCGCAGACAGCAGACAACCACGACCGCCCCAGCAGUAAACAGCAGCCGUUUUGACAUAAAUGAAAACUCCUCCAUAUUCAGACCCUUGCCUACGUCAGAGGUAGACAUCAUGGGCAAGAAGCGCUUUGUAGCUCCCCACGUGAUCUACAAGACGGAUAAGAAGCCAGAUGAGCCGUGCUCUAUCACCUCCUCCCUUGCUUACUUCCCUGACGAGGAGGGUAGCGAUCAGAAUGUGACUGGUCCUCCCCGCAUACCUCCCUCCAACCUCACUGUGGUUACUGUGGAGGGCUGCCCGUCUUUCGUCAUUCUUGACUGGCAGAAAUCUGACAAUGAAACCAGAGAGUAUGAAGUUGUAUCCACCACUAAAGGACCUAAUGGAGAGGAGGUGUCCAUACUGACAACCAACCAGACACACACAGCCGUGGAGAAUCUCAAACCAGAGAGCAGUUAUGAAUUUAAAGUAACACCAAAGAAUGAGCUGGGAACAGGACCCUCCAGUGAUCCUGUGUCUUUUAGCACAGAAUCAGCGGAUCCACGAGUGAGCGAAUAUGCUUCAGGCAAAGAUGCCAUCUGGACUCAGUUUCCAUUUAAAUCCGAUGCCUACUCUGAAUGCAGUGGAAAGCAGUAUGUGAAGAGAACUUGGUACCGAAAGUUUGUGGGAAUCCAGCUCUGCAACUCGUUGAGAUACAAGAUCUACUUGAGUGACUCUCUCAAUGGGAAGUUCUAUAACAUUGGAGAUCAGACGGGACACGGUGAGGACCAUUGUCAGUUUGUGGACUCUUUUCUGGAUGGACGAACUGGCAGUCAGAUGUCUGCUGACCAGCUACCAAGCAGGCCAGGAUUUUAUAGAGCGCUGAGACAGGAACCUGUCCACUUUGGAGAGAUUGGAGGGAAGUCACAUGUUACUUAUGUAGGCUGGUAUGAGUGCGGCACACCCAUACCUGGGAAGUGGUAGAGACCCACAAGGCUAUCCAAGAGGGAUGAGUUCCUUGGUAGUGAGUAAGAAGACGCCUGACAAGGCCUGAAGGGAGGACAGCCUUUCUUUACCAUGGACAUUGUAGGCAGGUCUGCCUGUCUGAACUCAGCCUACUGUCCUAGGUAUGAACCUGUACAAGACUUAAAGGUGUCACCAACCUCUUUUGAGUGCCUUUGUAACAUUGGUCUUAAUUUCUGUAUUUAUCAAAAAUGUUGCAACAGACAAAAGACUGCAAGAAUUUGGGUGAACCAAAAUGUUAAAUAUGCAGUAAUCACAAAGAAAAUGUUGGGAAGCUGGCUCCCAAAGUGUAAUAACUUGUAUGAUAUUAUUUAUCAAGGGGCUCUUUGCUGAAUAUUCUGUUUGUGCUCGGGCAUUUGAGAUGAGAAAGAAAAAAAUUGUUCCCAGUACUUGCGUGUCAAUGUGCAGACACAUUGGUCAUUUGUGUAUAGAAAGGUGCCACUCAUACUUUCAUUGUACAUUUGGACUAUGUAAAAUACAAGUACACACAGACAUGCGGAAUUGACCUUCUGCUGGCCGUAAGAGAUCAUUAGCAGUUGCAGUUUGCACAGUAUUAGACUUCUGUUCAUAUAUGUAUAUGGUGUUAAAUUCAAUUUGUAUACCAAGAAUCAUAUAGUUUGAUAUAUUUCAGAUAAAGAGUAAAACAGUUUUGCCAAAUUGUUGAUCUAUUGCAAGAAAGCCAAAGCUUGAGCCCAGCAUUUCUAUGGGGUCAUUUGGGAACAAGAUUUAUGUAUUUGUAGUGCUCAUUUAUAUAAGAAUAAAAUAUGUACACAGAGCUUCAAUGUGGAAAUGUCAUAAGCAAAUGACAUUAUUUAUGUUUUUGUGUUCAAUUUCACAACAAAAUGUACAUAAAGCUAUAAAUCUCUGGAGAGAAGUCGACAGGUUUUGUCUACAUCUGUCAUGAUUGCAGUUGUUCCUGAUGCACCAUUUAUGUUUUUAGCAAUAAAUCUUUUUAUAUUUGCUAUUAAUUUCCA